CUCUAUACCGCGUGUCUGGUUUUGCUCAACUGAAAUGCACCUGUUUACGAGUUCUUUUGUGAAAUCCGCAAGGAAUUCUCACAGAUUCCCAUCGAAUCGACGACAGAGUUUAAGAAACCCCGAGAAGCGCAGAGUAAACAGUGCUCAAACACUGGAAAGGCGCAUUCCGCUCACCGAUGGACUCUCUCAGAUCACCCUAUCAGGUGCAAAACCACUGACAGGUUUCCACCCACCACCCACCACCAACCCAAAACCCCUCAGUGCGCUCCAGCCCUCCUCGGCACACAUACAGACAGUCUCGUACAUCACCCAACGCUCUUCCAGGAUUCGCCACGGUUCUGCGCGCCUUUUAUGUACAAACGACUCGGAUAACAGUGAAGCAACAACUAAAGAAGAGACUUCUAACCGUAACUCAUCUAUCCUGACUUGCUGGGAAAGUUUUCCCUCUCCAAACAAUGGACACGGGAAGCUUGGAAUGAUCCACACAAAGUGUACGCUUUCAGGUGACUUCGGCAGGUACGAACGGAAUUUAUCUUUUCAUCUCGCAUACUGGAUCAAGAGUAAGCACUAAAGGUCGCGGAUUGUUCACCGAGGAGGAGACACCCCGCUUCAGCCUUUUUUACCAAUUCAAUCUUUGCGCGCUUUGGCGAGAGAGCGCAGCGCGCGCGGACCGCGGGGAAGCGGGGACACUACGGGGAAGACACUGAUUUGCGUUCAUUCAGCUCUUUUUUAAACAAGAAACAGCCCCAUGCUGCUUCCAGUGGCACAUUUACACUUCCAAUAUCUCUCUUUUCCUUGGGAUUGCACCUCUCCUCGGGGAUUUUGUGUGUGAGACGGUGGCGGGGCUCCGCGCGGCACUUACUGGAGCGGCAAACGCUGGAAACAGGUGUAUUUGACCAAGAUGUCUGGUCUGCCGUCAAGGUUCAUCUACGUGUGUUUACAUUUUCUGGUCCUCUACUUCCAGUUGCAGGAAUCUCAACAGAGUUCUGCCGACUUCCGGUUCUACAUCGAGAACCACACCAGAGAUGAUGUGAGUCGGAAGCAGGUGCGGAUAUAUCAGCUCUACAGCAGAACCACUGGGAAACAUGUGCAGAUCCUGGGCAAGAAGAUCAACGCCAAUGGAGACGAUGGGGGCAAGUACGCUUUACUUGUUGUGGAGACGGAAACAUUUGGUAGUCACAUUCGAAUAAAAGGGAAAGAGAGUGGAUACUACAUCUGCAUGAACAAGAACGGCAAAAUUAUUGGAAAGCCCAAUGGGAAUAACCAAGAGUGCGUCUUUGUGGAGGAAUAUUUGGAGAACAACUACACGGCGUUGGUGUCGGCCAAGUACAAAGGCUGGUAUUUGGGUUUCAACCGAAAGGGUCGACCCAAAAAAGGAUCCAAGACCACGCAAACACAACAGGAAGUGCAUUUCAUGAAGCGCCACCCCAAAGGAAAAGUGGACCCUCUGGAGGAGUUCCGUUUCACGACGGUAACGAAACGGACACGAAGGGCGCGGCGUUUAAAACCCAACCCCAAAACGGACUGAGUCGCUCCCCGUGCUUCUUACCUGACAAACACCUUAAUCUUAUCCGAAACAGGAGAAGGAAGAGGACACACUUAAACAAUGGCUACAGAAAAGAGACAAGAAACUUAAGUUCAAAGAUGUUUUAUUUUUAUAUUUCAGAAGCGUCAAGUUUCUCCCAGCUGUUCAGUGUGGGUCUUUUUUAAAUGUAAUUGGUGUCUGUUAUUUUAUUUAUACUGGAUUAACUAAGGAUGACCUAUAAGGAACUAGCGUCUCCUGAUUUGACACGUUUAAACUCUGGAAUAGCGAUAAGAGCAUACUGCACCACCUGGGAAACCUUUUAUUUUCAUUUGUGUUGCCCCCCAACAACAAGGAUCCAAUAUUUUCCACUGGAAUGGGCUGUCAUGGAGACAUAACGACAGAGCGAUAACAGACUCAUGUGACCUUUGCAGGCCUCCAUAAGUAAACGUGAAGCUUUGAGUGCAAUAUUUUGAAGAGCCUCUCUGUGGGAUGCCUUUCUGGUCUGAAUGGACAGCAGGCCUUCUCUCGGGCCCAAUGCGCAGAAUGCUUCGAUAUUCUUUGAUUCAGCUUAGAUCGACGUGCUUUGACUAGCCAGAUAUCAGCUUUAGCUGUGGUGAUAGUGUGUGUGAGAACUAACAGACGCGAGCCUGGAUAUGAAGGGACUGGAAAAAGGUUUGGGGAAUCGCUCCAAUGCUCUACAUUUGGAUCAUGCGUACAUGCAGGUUAUGCAGUCUCCCUAAAUGUAAGCUAUACGUAAUGCAAAACCAGGUAUGAUGCAUCCCUCUUAACGUCCCGGACACUCGACAAGUGAUGGAUUUUGACUACUUCCUGGUCACUCAGUCAAUGAAAUCGGUCCACCUGACAAUCAGUCAUGUUCUUUGUGUACUAGAACGCUUUCUCUCAGUUCUAGAAGGUUUGAGAAGGAGGGAAUCACUUCUGCAGACGCUGGACUCCAGCCACUGUUGGUGAGGUAGACUCUCCAUAUGGGUGUAGCUGUAGUAUACACUCGUCUAUACACUCAUCGUCUGUCAGACGUUACUAACAAUCAUGCCACUCGUACGAUUAAAUAAAUGUAUGCAAAAAUAAUAAUUUUAUUACUAUUAUAAAAUAUUUAUUGCCUUUCUCUGUAAAUAUGUCUUGAUGAAUUUAUUUGACCUCUGUUAAUAAUAAUAAAAAAAGAGGACUAUAUAUGGAAAAUGAAUAUAUGUUAUUAC